AUGCCAACCGAUGGGCUGAAUGAUGAAAAUAACAUGUUUUCGGAUUCCAGCGAUGUUGAAAUAGUGGAAGAAACUAAAGUUAAAAGGCCAUAUUCGGAGGUCCAACAAGAGUUUAAAGCGGAGGAAAAGAAGGUGUUUCCCAAGUCGAGUGUAAGGAGAGUCGGAGAUGAUGAGCCAUCAGUGGGAUCACUGUUUAACAUUCACGUCGCAAAGAAAGAUAGCAACGACGACAUCACGUCGCCAAGGUUUGACCCAGCGCUGUUUGACAUUAAACCUUACUUUCCGCCCACAAUGUGCGGAAAGGCGAACGACUCAAUACUGUUCUCGUUUCUCAGUGGCGUCUUGCAAAAGUCGGACGAUAUAUUCUGUACCGGAAAGGGGAGUAGAAAAUCGGUGUUGACGCUGUUGUCGAACUUUUUCAGAGUACUGAUAUACCACAAUCCGUCGGACGUUAUCCCGUCAAUUUAUAUACUGUUGAACAGAAUAUACCCUGAUUAUGAAAAUAUUGAAAUCGGAGUUGGAGAUCAUUUGAUAUUGAAGUCGAUGUCGGAGGCGUACAGUAAAUCGGAACAGAACAUAAAAUCAAUAAUGGCAACUUUAGUGUUGAAAAAGCACGAGGAUCUGGGAAUAGUGGCCGGUUUGAGCAGUUGCACAUCGCAGCUUCUGGUUAAGCUGCCAGAUAAUACAAUUUCGGGCAUUUUAAAGCAGUUUAGAACAAUUUCAUCGAUCACCGGGAAGAAUUCGAGUAAUCACAAGAAGGACAUAAUUAAAAAGCUGCUGAUAACAGCAAAGAAGGAAGAAGCGAAGUAUAUCAUAAGGUUCCUCCAGCAGAAGCUUAGAAUAGGGAUUGGAAUAAAUACAAUAUUCCAGUGUGUCGCAGACGCGUUCUACUUGACAAAGGUAGGAUCUGAAGGGUCGGAGCCUGUGGGAGACGUGAGGACAAAUAAGUCGGUGGAGCUGAACGACACCCUGGAGGAAAUGGAAUUCGCAGUUAGAACGGCAAUAACACUGGUGCCUAACAUAGAUAAGGUCGUGGGUCACCUGUUGAAGGGCGACGACAGCACGCAGUUACUGGAGCACUGUAAAAUAACACCCGGGAUCCCAGUAAGGCCAAUGUUGGCGAAGCCAGUGAACACGACAGACGAGAUUGUGCAGUCAGUCGGAGGAGAGAAUGUGCUAUUCACAUGCGAAUAUAAGUACGACGGAGAGAGAGUGCAGUUGCACCUACUGAGAGACAGAACGAUAAAGCUCUUCAGCAGGAAUAUGGAGAACUUGUGCCCAAAGUACCCUGACGUAGUCGCUAAUUUUGCUAAGUGUAUAACGGAUGAUUUAAAGGAGUGUAUAAUAGAUUGUGAAGUGGUACCGAUGGACAACGAGAAUAAAAUACUCUCCUUCCAGUGCCUAUCAACAAGAAAGAGAAAGGACGUCGACGUAAAUAACAUAUCGGUGAAGGUGUGUCUAUUCCCGUUUGAUAUUUUGUACUUGAACGGAGAGUCGCUGGUUACAUUGCCACUCUCGAAGAGAAGGGACCUUCUUCACAGCUCGAUGAAGCCUCAAACAGGGCUGCUGAGUUUCGCAAAGUACAAAAACGUCGAUUCGCUGGACGAUAUAGACGACUUCCUGAAGAUGGCAGUGCAAGAGUCGUGCGAGGGCCUGAUGAUUAAGACGCUGGAUGACAAGGCGACAUAUGAGCCCCAAGCGAGGUCGAACAAGUGGCUUAAGUUCAAAAAGGACUAUAUCAGUGGGAUGUCAGACUCGGUGGAUCUGGUGCCAAUGGGAGCCUUUUACGGAAAGGGCAAAAGAACCAAUGUGUAUGGCUCAUUCCUGCUCGCAGUCUAUGAUCCGAUACAGGAGAUAUACCAGGGGGUGUGUAAGACGGGAACGGGGUUUAACGAUCAAACCUUGAAGGAGUUGCACGACUCGCUGCAAAAUAACGUAGUAAAUUCAAAGCCGUCGAAUUACGAGGUCUCCGACAAAAUGGUGCCUGACGUGUGGUUUUCUCCUGAGAAGGUGUGGGAGUGUAAAUGUGCAGAUUUGUCAAUAUCGCCAGUAUAUACAGCCGCAAACAGAUUGACCACAAAUGAAAAGGGAAUUGGAUUAAGAUUUCCAAGGUUCUUGAGAGUCAGGGAGGACAAGAAGCCCGAAGACGCCACAACCAGCGAUGAGAUAUUUGACAUGUACUUGAAGCAGUUUAACAAGUAA